UUUACUGCUUGUACAUCUAGCAGAAGAUAUAGUAAGUAGAAAAACAGCUGCUCUAACUGUAUCACUAAAAUGAUUGCUGCGAAAGUGAUUUUGUUUUUUAUGGUAUGUUUGUCAGUGUGUGCAGCAAAAGAAGAAAAGGAUGUUGGAGCAAUCAGUUGUGAUCAAUUUAAAGGAAGUCAAAAACUUUGUUGUCUUCGGCACUAUGGAGAAUACACAUAUGUGAAAACAUGUUGUGGCCUGACCUAUAGUCAACGUGUCCGACAGGUGGAUGCUGCCAAGUUUGAAGAAGGUAGAAAGAAGUAUUGCAUCUGUUGGUGUCACGCACACCCUUUUCCUUCUUGUAUGAGACAUUGUGUGCUUGGAAAUAAACGAGCUGCAAGAACUGAGGACGCCGAUAUAUUUAAAUAAGCUGGAUGCAAGAAAUGAGAAGAUGAACUGAGAAAAAUUGACGUUAUGGAAUUUUGUUGCUAAAUAAUCUUAUUUUGUUGUUUUUUUAGACUUUUUAGUUCUUGUUAUCUUUACUUUUAUUCUUUUUAUGUAAUCUGAAAUGUACUCUGAAAAUCUAAAUGGAUUAUUAUAAUCUUGAUUUUGUGAAUAUAUACUAUAAUACCCGUAUAAAUCAGUCUGUCACG